AUGGGUGAUGUCAAACCAAAAUCAGUUGAAGAAAAGGAGGAACUUUUGAAGUUUUGUAGGUUUUUAAAAAUAAAAGACAUAUCACUGAUUUUAUGCUUUUUACUAUAAGUUUUCUUGAUAUUUCAUGUUUUUUGAAGUGUAAGUGUAAUCUUCUUGUUGUUGUAGGUGCAUCAGGUUUUGCAUUCAAGAAUCACUACGCGAUUAGAAGUAUCAGCACUAAACUUUGGGUUGAUUUGUGCGUCUUCUAUGCUCGAACCGUAGAUGAAAGGCCGGAAGUUCGUCCUGAAGAUGUGCUCACAGUGUACGUCAAUCGUGUCUUUUACUUAAAUUCUACUAGUGCUUGUUCCAUCAACGAAAAUUUAAUUACUGAGCUUCGCAAUAACCGCACCGUUACUUGUUGUAGUCUUGACACGCUAGGUGGUAUUCUGAAGAAAAAAGAUGCCGCUUUUGAUUAUUAUGUUGCUCUUGGUCGAAACGCUCUUGAUGUCAAGUGGUAG